AGUUUCCAUCUGGGGCAGAAACAUGUGGCCGGAAGUUUCCAUCUGGGGCAGAAACAUGUGGCCGGAAGUUUCCAUCUGGGGCAGAAACAUGUGGCCGGAAGUUUCCAUCUGGGGCAGAAACAUGUGGCUGGAAGUUUCCAUCUGGGGCAGAAACAUGUGGCCGGAAGUUUCCAUCUGGGGCAGAAACAUGUGGCCGGAAGUUUCCAUCUGGGGCAGAAACAUGUGGCCGGAAGUUUCCAUCUGGGGCAGAAACAUGUGGCCGGAAGUUUCCAUCUGGGGCAGAAACAUGUGGCCGGAAGUUUCCAUCUGGGGCAGAAACAUGUGGCCGGAAGUUUCCAUUUGAAGCAGAAACAUGAGGCUGGAAGUUUCCAUUUGAAGCAGAAAUAUAUCUCCAAACUGUACUGUUAAGUAUCGUCUCUGAGACCAAGUGGUCUACGGGCUAAGCCAACAUACUGUAUGCUCUAGUAUCAACAUGGGGAAUAAACAGUAUAUCUGAGGUGAUUCUUAUCGAAUGGUACAUUAUCCUUUAGCAUUACCCCCCCUCCCCCUCCCCCUCCUCCCUUUAGAGUGGUAGAAUGAUUCCCAAUCAGGGUUGUUAACCAAUUUAAAGACAACGCUACCAAAUUUGAAUUGAGUGCAUGUAAACUUCUGACCCACUGGGAAUGUAAUGAUCACUGACUGAUUAAUUGAUCACCCUGUGUGUCUCUGUACCGCCCUGUAAACAUACCAACAGAACCUGCCUUCUAAAUGGGGUGGACGUGGGGUCGAAGCGUUAGUUUGCUGUUAGAGUAGAGUAACGAUAACACUGUUCGUUACUGGCAGAUGUCAUCACACCGGUGGCUUUAACCCGGUACCUGCUUUAGGGAAAAAAUAAAUUAACCCUCUUUUAGAGUCUAAAUGAUGUCUUCUAUAAUAUUGACAUAUAUUUGUCCCGGUAUGUACAGUAUAUACCACAGCUACUAUAUAUACUACAGUCACUAUGCUGAGGUAUCCCAGCUGUACAGUUCCCUGCUGACAUUAAUGUACAGUAUAUACCACAGCUACUAUAUAUACUACAGUCACUAUGCUGCUGACAUUAAUGUACAGUAUAUACCACAGCUACUAUAUAUACUACAGUCACUAUGCUGCUGACAUUAAUGUACAGUAUAUACCACAGCUACUAUAUAUACUACAGUCACUAUGCUGCUGACAUUAAUGUACAGUAUAUACCACAGCUACUAUAUAUACUACAGUCACUAUGCUGCUGACAUUAAUGUACGGUAUAUACCACAGCUACUAUAUAUACUACAGUCACUAUGUUGAGGUAUCCCAGCUGUACAGUUCCCUGCUGACAUUAAUGUACAGUAUAUACCACAGCUACUAUAUAUACUACAGUCACUAUGCUGCUGACAUUAAUGUACAGUAUAUACCACAGCUACUAUAUAUACUACAGUCACUAUGUUGAGGUAUCCCAGCUGUACAGUUCCCUGCUGACAUUAAUGUACAGUAUAUACCACAGCUACUAUAUAUACUACAGUCACUAUGUUGAGGUAUCCCAGCUGUACAGUUCCCUGCUGACAUUAAUGUACAGUAUAUACCACAGCUACUAUAUAUACUACAGUCACUAUGUUGAGGUAUCCCAGCUGUACAGUUCCCUGCUGACAUUAAUGUACAGUAUAUACCACAGCUACUAUAUAUACUACAGUCACUAUGUUGAGGUAUCCCAGCUGUACAGUUCCCUGCUGACAUUAAUGUACAGUAUAUACCACAGCUACUAUAUAUACUACAGUCACUAUGUUGAGGUAUCCCAGCUGUACAGUUCCCUGCUGACAUUAAUGUACAGUAUAUACCACAGCUACUAUAUAUACUACAGUCACUAUGUUGAGGUAUCCCAGCUGUACAGUUCCCUGCUGACAUUAAUGUACAGUAUAUACCACAGCUACUAUAUAUACUACAGUCACUAUGUUGAGGUAUCCCAGCUGUACAGUUCCCUGCUGACAUUAAUGUACAGUAUAUACCACAGCUACUAUAUAUACUACAGUCACUAUGUUGAGGUAUCCCAGCUGUACAGUUCCCUGCUGACAUUAAUGUACAGUAUAUACCACAGCUACUAUAUAUACUACAGUCACUAUGUUGAGGUAUCCCAGCUGUACAGUUCCCUGCUGACAUUAAUGUACAGUAUAUACCACAGCUACUAUAUAUACUACAGUCACUAUGUUGAGGUAUCCCAGCUGUACAGUUCCCUGCUGACAUUAAUGUACAGUAUACCAGAAACGUACAGUCUGGUCUGGUCUGAUUUUUUACUCUCUAGGAUGAUUAUUAUCUUGUGAUGACUAUGUUCUAUGCAAAUAUGCCCCCCCCCCCAAAAAAAAUAUACGAUAUAAUGUUAUGUCGUCCUUUUAACUUGUACACAUGGAUUUGUGAAGUUUACAUUUGGUAAAUUAAAUUCAUAAAUUAGCA